AUGCUGGCAUACUGUCAUGAACGAGAGUUUUUUAAGGGAGACAUCCUCGACGAAGUGUAUGGUCUAGAACGCGACAAGCCAGACUACAUCGAUGCGCUGGUUAAAGAUUUCUCACCUAACCAUGCUCUUGGGCGACAAGGACGAGAACGGCAACAGGUCUCUGGGCCCCAGCAAUCUGGAUGUUCCUCUUUGGAAUCCUUCGAAUGCCGGCGUUCGACCGAAUUGUCAAGCAAAUCACCUUACGAGACAUUCCAUGCCAGGCUUGGAUAUCGUUCACAUAACGAAGGCCAAAUUGUUGGCUUGAACUUGGCCUGUCCGUUGCCCAAUGCUUUGUCAACAAGGGUCAGGUCUCAGUGUGGUAACCCACAAUGCGACCUAGAAAUGAGCGAAAAGACGAACAUCCCUUGGCAGAUGGGCAGUUUGUUUCCCAAGCUCAUCGGAUCCUCUGUACUGGCAAAGGCUGCAACAAAGUCGAAGACCCUGACCCUACCAAAAACGCCAAGUUUGUGA